AUCGAUACUCGUGUGUUUCCUCAUGAGCGAAUGCACACUUUGCUGGAUUGAAAGCCCACUACAAUAAUAGGCUAGUUGACAACUUUGUGGGAGGCGCUAUUGUCGCUGAAGGGAGCCGUAUGUGAGUGUAACAUUAGCAUUCCACGAAGGAGGUGGGUCUGCAAUGUAAGGGCACGUCGAUUAAUAUGACAGCACACAACAAAUGGCAUCAUUCAAUCAAUCCCCUCGAGACAGUGAAAUAAGAAAAGGAAUUCGCCUAUGGAACUUUGAGGAAAUUUGGAAUCCCUAAUGAAGGUGAACACUCAGCGAUGGAGAACUACGAGGAGUUCUGCUCGCGGAGCCUGGUUAAGCUGCAGUCGGAAGGGAAGGGAGCAAUGAUGCGCUGUCUCUUAAAUGGCCAAUGGCUAACGUCCUCGGUCAUCUGUAUCCACGGCAGACCUAUACUGUCACCCCUGCUGGAUGAGGAGCAGCGGAGGGAGAUGUGCAUGUACAGGCAGGAAGCGGCUCAGAAGGAGGCGGAGCGAGAGGCUCAGUGUAGGAGCAGCCUGCUCACACAGGUGCAGAACAUCCUGGACGGCGCUCAGAAGCGCAAAGUGCUGCAGCAGUCGGAGGCACCAAGUUCUCCUGUGAACCCCAGUCCUAAAACUGGGCAGCUCCACAGCUUCACCCAGGGGCUGGAGCAGCACCGCCUGCCCGAUGGAAGGGCACUCGCGUCGGACACGGUGGAGCCCACCAUUCCCCUUCAGCUGGAAGAGGAGGAGGAGGAGGUGGGAGAGGAGGGACAGGAGGAGGAGGAGGACGAGGAGGAGAGUGAGGGAGGAGGAAUGAGUCUGCAAAGCCUGCUGCGGAGGUCACGGGAGUACAUGGAGAGAGAGCAGGGUCGCGGCGGGUCAAAGGGCAGCUGCAACGGUGCCAACGGUGCCAACGGUGCCAAUGCCGCCAGGCCCACGCAGGUCGCCAUGGUGAAUGACGGCCUGUCCGAUAAAGAGAACGAGAACAACAGUCCCGUCGCACAGCGCCAAAGCCCUAUGGCCACCAUGCCAAGCCCAGGCCAGUGGCAGGGUCAGGGACAGGGUCAGGGUCAGGGUCAGGGUCAAGGUCAGCCCAGCGUGGAUCUACAUACCCCUGCCGGAUUUAUGCCAAGCGGGCCCUGUGCCUGGCUGUGCCAACCCGAACCCAGCCUGUGCCUGAGUCCACGCCCUCACCGCGGGAGACCCAGGCCCGCCUCCACGGGCGUCCUCUUCUCCCUCCCCUUUGAUGCCAUAGCGGCUCGUCCCAAGGACAUCGGCGCCUCGUGGCUCACGACGGACCAGCGGUCGCCUGACCACACGUCCGGUGCCAGCUCUCUGGCGCCCUCUGUGGCCAGCAGCCGGCGUGCCAGCCACAACGGCUCCAGUCCUGUCGGUGAGGCGGUGGGCUGCGUGGCUGCCGCGGCUGGCUUCAGUCUGGCAGGUCCAGAGGGCUUCCGGAGGAGGUGCCACACCCUGGACAGCCAGUCCAGCCCCCACAUGGACCGCAGCGAGGAGAGGCUCCCGCGCUUCAUGGCCGGCGUGGCUCAGCGCCCCCCCGCCCGCAGGUCGCCCCCCGGACCCCCCCCCUACCCGGCCCACGGGCAGGAAAGCCCUGUGCCCGCACUCCUGCGGACUUACAUGACCCCUGACCCUGUGACCUCUCAGGUCAGGCUGCAGUGGGACGGUGAGAGUGACCAUGAGGGUAGACUCAGUACCCCUGUGGACGAGAAACGCACAGGCCCAGUGGAAGCGGUUCAGCAGCGGGUGCAGGCGCUGGAGGAGGAGCACGCUUUUCAGCUCUCUCUGCUCCUCGCUGAGCAGGAGCGCCUCCGACAGGAGCUGGUUGAUAAGGAGAGGCGUGUGUCCGGGGUGUAUGGGGAGGGCGGGGUGGAGUGGGGGGUGUGAGGGAGCACUACCCAGCCCCCAGCCCCUGCACCAGCCUCAGCCCCGCA